AGUCGCAAGCGAUCACCCACUCCAAGUCCCCAACAUGCAUGACUCAAUCCAAGUCACCAAAUGCCCCGAACGGCUUCGGACGCUCGGGGCGCACUCCAUCAUGUAUUUGAUGGGGUGUACGUGGUAGCAAGUCCUCUUUGGACGCAAAGGGUGCAGCCUUCAUGGAUGACCCUGGUCCUGAACGUGCUCUGUCGAGGUAUGUAUUGAUUUGCAGCGUCUUUUGGAACUCAGAAUGGUGCACCACGAUGACCAAAAAUUCCCUUUGAACUGAACAGAUCGCAUCAAAAGCCUGCAUGACUGCUUGACUGUAUAUGCGCUGCGCCACAAUAAACCAGACUUGUGUGAUGGGGGUGCUGUGUUGGGAUGGGUGAAACCAGGUGGAAUCCACAUUCUUUCGUGUGUUUGCAGUAAGCAUAUCGUUCCAGUGUGUUUGUAUGAGCCAGUACCCCACCAUGAACCCGUCGUCGCUCAAGUCGCUCGUGGAGAAUGCCAGUAUCGAGCAGCAGUAUUACGUCUUUGGCAUCCUCAAAGAGGCCAAUGUCCCGCUGUCGUUCAACGACAACGGUGUGAUCCUCAACCUAUCCGCCGUCCCAGCCGAAGUCCUCCAGCGCAUCGCCGCCUACAUUGCGUCUGAUGGCAAUACCACAGACUCAAUGGAAAUUGACAAUGUCACGGGCGAUGUGGUCGACACCAGCAACGACAUGUCCGUCGACGACGAUGAAGGCCCGCGCACACGCGAGAGUGCGUCGGAUCCAGGAGACCACACCCGGGAUGCCGAUCAUGCCAUAAACUGGAAGAAGCAAGAGAACCCAGCGUUCGCCGUCAUAAGACGACAUAUCCGGGCAGGGGGGCGCACUGCUGCUCGGACGUUAACUGCCGAGUAUGUCGGCUCCCUGAAGGACCACCUGCGACUGUGUGGGUUUGGGUUCACAGAGUGAAAGGAUGGUGUUGCUGAACGUUUUG